CGUGACGCCACUUGCCACUAGUCAAUGACGGCUGACUUGCCUGCAGGAUCUUUUUUGGGGGGGGGGGUUCGACGGCGUCGGUGAGGAUGAACCCCCAGCAGUUGUUCUGCGUUGCAAAGAAAGGCAAAAGAAGACCACUAGAGGGCGACAGAUGUCCAAUAAAGAACUGCAGAGCCCGACUGAAAAGUUUACGUAUUCUACACUUGAAGGGUUUCAAACACAAAAGAAGGCCAAAACCUACCACUUCCACACUGAAUGGGAGGAUAACGUUUUCACUACAUCAUGUGGGACAUGGCACGAUGGACUCCAUGCAGUGCAAAGAGAGAGACCUCCGAGCGGGCACGGAAGAGACCCCCGCCCGGCCUAUCGCCGGCCCGCCACCGAGACUUCCCCAACUGUGUACUUCUGGGUCCGGCUUUGAGGUAGGAAAUAGUCCGACUAAGAGGGGCUGGAGGGGGGGGGCUCUUUCUCCCUGAGCCACCUCCGGUACAUCCACACGGAACCUUCUGCCACUUUCCACGCCGAGAAACAACUUCACGGACCGGGCGUAUCGUCGUCUCCCUCAUUUGCGGAAAUACUCCUUGAAAAAAAACAAUGCCCAAAGGCGAGUAACAAGAUUAAGUGCUCCAUUCUUUUCAAAACACGAAGAAGGGGAUCUACACGGCUCGCUCCAAGACAUCCGGACUCGUCGUUCGUGGUUGCUUUUCCACCCCGCGGUUUGGGCGAGCAUUUCGGGGUCUCUGCAUGAAAGCUCCCGGAGCAGCAGCAGCAGCAUGCCCCGGAGGAAGCAGCAAGCACCGCGGCGCUCAUCAGCUUACGGUCCCGAAGAUGAUUUCAGAGGGGACAAGGCAGAAGAUGAGGAGCACCUUCAGGACGACGGCCUUUCCCUGGACGGCCAGGAUGCUGACUUGUUCAACGAUGACGAGGACGGGCAAGAUCGCUUCAGCUGCCAGAACUCGCCGCUCAGUAAUGGCACCAACCCGGACGCCGGGUACGCCUCACCGCUCAGCACGGCCAGCGAUCGCCUGCCGGACCUCCAGACAUCGCCCUUGGCGAAGCCAGAGGAGACAGCGGAGUCGGUCAACGGCCUGUCCCUGCAGGACAGUUUGGCCAAAAUGAAAGCUGCAUACGCGAACUUGAUCUCAGACGCCUCGUGGUCUAGCAUUGCUUUGGACAUGCUGAAAAGUAAACAAGAGGACGAGAAAAGCGAGAAAAGCGAUCACAAAGACAGCAACGGGCUCUUAAACAAUCACAGCCAGGCCAGCAUCCCAUCAAAGACCAGGUGCAGCUCCAGUAGCACCUCAGCCACCACAAAUACGAGCACCAGCAGUACCGCCACGUCGCGAUCCGCUUCUGGCAACAGUGGCGUCAGCUCGGGACUGGCCUACGACUGGCACCAGGCUGCCUUGGCCAAAACCUUGCAGCACACGCCGUACCAACUCCUCCCCGAGCCCAGCCUCUUCAGCACCGUGCAGCUCUACAGGCAGAACAACAAGCUGUAUGGACCGGUUUUUACUGGCGCUAGCAAGUUCCGGUGUAAGGACUGCAGUGCCGCGUAUGACACUUUGGUGGGACUCACCAUCCACAUGAACGAAACGGGACACUACCGCGACGACAAUAAGGACACGGACGACGAUCGUGGCAAGAAGUGGUCCAAGCCGCGCAAGCGUUCCCUCCUGGAAAUGGAGGGCAAGGAGGACGCCCAGAAAGUUCUUAAAUGUAUGUACUGCGGCCACUCCUUUGAGUCCUUGCAGGACCUUAGCGUCCACAUGAUCAAAACAAAACAUUAUCAGAAAGUGCCUCUAAAAGAACCAAUGCCGGCUCUCGCCUCCAAGCUGGUUCCGCCCACCAAAAAGAGAGCCUUUCCCGACUUGAUGCCGCCGAGCUCCCCUGAUUCCGUCUCAUCCGGCAUCCCGCUGGGAGAAACGGCCAAAGACCAGAAGGCUAUCAAUCCUUAUGUGACGCCCAACAACCGCUACGGUUACCAGAACGGUGCCAGUUACACCUGGCAGUUUGAGGCUCGCAAGGCACAGAUCCUCAAAUGCAUGGAAUGCGGCAGUUCCCACGACACCUUGCAGCAACUGACGGCACACAUGAUGGUCACGGGACACUUUCUGAAAGUCACCAAUUCAGCUUCCAAAAAAGGGAAGCAGCUGGUUUUCGAUCCGGUCAGCGAGGAGAAGAUCCAGUCCAUUCCUUUGCCGCCGACCACUACCAAACUUCCAGCUCCUAACGGGAAGUCGCAACCCGACUCCCCUUUGCAGCCGGAGGAGGAGGAGGAUGAGGAGGAAGAGGAGGAGAGUCAGGAGGGAGAGGAUGAGAAGGCAGAGGAAAUAAAAGCAGAUAGAAAAAUCAAAGAAGAGAAAGAAGAUCCACCUGAGAAGCCUGAAAAGGCAAAGUCCUACCAAUAUCUCCGAGAAGAAGACUUGGAGGAGACACCUAAAGGGGGGCUAGACAUCUUAAAGUCCUUGGCAAACACGGUCUCGAGUGCAAUCAGCAAAGCCCAGACGGGUGCGCCAACAUGGGGCGGAUACCCCAGCAUCCAUGCUGCCUAUCAGCUCCACGGCUCCCUCAAAUCUGCGUCGUCUUGCGCGCAGGUUCAGCCUUUAUUCAGCAGCAACACCUUGAAGGCGCCGCCCUCCGACUUGGCCCCCAGUAGCCCCACAUCACCUCCCAGCCACAGGAACAACAACAUGCAGGCCAUGGAAAAGCUAGUGGAGAAAGUUAGUGGGAAGAGUUCAGUGAAGGAGGAGAAGCCCUUAGAGAAGGUCAGGGGUGCCAAGUCCUCACUGACGAGCUCUAAAGAGAAACGGGCUUCACCUCAGCCAAGAGACGACACGACCGACUUUAGAAGCAAAGAACACGAUCGAACGAGAACCAACAUCAAGGAGGAGGUGACGUCCCCAAAGAAGCUGGAUGGCGAGUCCUGCAAUAACCUGAGCAUCAUCACCGACCACUCACCUGAGCAGCCGUUGGUGAACCCCCUCAGCGCCCUUCAGUCCAUCAUGAACAACCACUUGGGGAAGGCCGCUAAGGUGGCGACCCCCUUCAGCGACCCCUUUGCCAUGCUAUACAAGAUCACCAAUAAAUGCCCCCCAGCCAAGGAGCCUGUGACUGAGUACCAAAGUGACGACCAGCCCAUGGACUUGACUAAAUCCAAGGGCACCAACGGCGGCCUCGCCAACGGACAGCCAGGCAACAAAAGCCCGCCUCUCCGGGAGAACGCUUUAAUGGACAUAUCGGACAUGGUGAAGAACCUGACAGGCCGCUUGACGCCCAAGUCUACAACGCCAUCGUCCAUCUCUGACAAGUCCGACGUGGAUGCCGUGACUUUGGAGGACAGCCUUGAGGAACUGUCCCCCAUCCAAAGAAGGAAAGGCCGGCAGUCCAACUGGAAUCCUCAGCAUCUCCUAAUCCUCCAGGCCCAGUUCGCCUCCAGCCUGAGAGAAACCCCCGAGGGGAAGUUUGUCAUCAGCGACCUCGGACCCCAGGAGAGGGUGCACAUCUGCAAGUUCACCGGCCUCUCCAUGACCACCAUCUCGCAUUGGCUGGCCAAUGUCAAAUACCAGUUGAAGCGGACGGGCGGCACCAAGUUCCUCAAGAACAUGGACUCCGGCCAGCCCUUGUUUUUGUGCGGCGACUGCGCUUCCCAGUUCAGAACUCCUUCCUCCUACAUCCACCACUUGGAGUCCCACCUGGGGUUCACCCUGAAGGACCUCUCCAAGCUGUCCAUAGAUUUAAUCGAGCAGCAGGUCGUCAGCAGGAUGGAGGAAAAGACGUUAUCGGGUUUCACGGAGGACGAUGGCGGCGUCAAUCAGUGCAAACUGUGCAAUCGGACUUUUGUGACCAAACAUGCCAUCAAGUUGCACCUUUGCAAAACGCACGGCAAGUCGCCGGAGGACCAUCUCAUCUUUGUCAAGGACUUUGCAAAGCCGUGACUAGCGAGGUUGCACCCGCCGCUUAGCAGACGUGUACAAAGCAUCCCAGCACACGAGAACACGCUAGCUUUACGCCACAUCCUGUAAUUAGUCAUACAUGCAGAACAUCCAUAAAGGGGGGGCCGGGGGGGGCGUACGGUUCCAAAGUUGAAAUUGUGGCGACGCGGCCACAGCACUGCGAAGUCACCGACUGUCGCUGUUUCCUUUUUUUUUUUUUUUUUUUUUUUUAACACACUGCAUCUUUUAUGAGCCUUUUGGGAGUUGUCCAUCUGUUGUUUUUAAAAACUGGACCACACGCCUUCCUUUCUGUCACGGACAACUCACGUAUUAUUUAUGAGACGGUUUGUGCAUGUUUUCACGUCAAAGCGGAAAUUGCGUCCCAGUUUCAAAUGAAUUUUACCAGCCAUUGAAAUGAAGGAGAAUUGGUAUUCCCAGCUUAAUUUAAACCAGUGUGACUGAACGACUGACUGAAUGAACGAAUGAAUGAAUGAAUGAAGACAUAAACAGGCAGUUGUUGUUUGCCAUUAAAUAGCAAAAAAAAAUACCCACACAAAAAAAGUGUUCAAGUCAAGUAUGAUUUCCUAAUUGUUUGUACAGUAUUUGCAUUAGUUGUCAGAUGAAUGAAGUUACCGUAUGAAUAAUCAGCAAGGACGCGCUUGCUCGUUAUGAUUAUUUGUACCGUGUGCAUUUUUCUAUGAUGUUAUUUUCUAGACAAAGAUGGCUGAAAGUGUAAAAAAGCUACAGAGUAAUGAUCCCGUUGGGGCGGACAUGAAAAAGAGGGAAUGGAGAAUAAAGAACACAUUCUCAAGUUUAUUUGCAAUGAUGUUAUUUUAUGUUGUA